CUUUCCCGUGGGGCCCACCGAGAGUCGUACAUAAUAAAUCGCUUUGUUACAGCCCGGGGUAAAGCUGUUCAUGUGGACUGCCAUCCAUGGCGUCGAAGCAGCAUCGACCACCGCCGGAAGUCAGAGAGGAAGGCCCUGGGACGAAGAAGACAAGAGCAGGAUCUACUACUGAUAAGAGGCCGGGUGGUACUCGGCGCGUCGAACUUAAUCCAGCUGACUGCGAUUUAGAUUUUGAUGUUACAGGCAAUGGUCUUCAAGGCCAAGCUCUCUAUAAAAAUGGGUUCGCGUAUUGCUGGUCUGGUGCUCGUGCGACUGUUGGAAUAAGCAGAGGGAAGUAUUGUUUCGGCUGCAAAAUAAUUUGUGAGCAGGAAGUGGAAAUGUCUGAUACACCCACUAAUCAGCAGCAUUUGUGUCGGGUUGGUUUUUCAAGCGGUGACGAACCUGUUGGAAAUCUGGGAGAAACUGCCAAUAGUUUCGGCUUUGGUGGAACAGGAAAAUUUUCAAAUGCCGGAAAGUUCUCUGAAUAUGGUACAAAAUUUGGUCUAGGAGACACUAUUGUUUGUUCUGUGAACCUUGAGAGUGAAGUGGCUACUAUUGGAUUCUCAAAGAAUGGGGAGUGGCUAGGAAUUGCCAAGAAAUUUGGAGUUGCUUGCUCUCAAAGAGAAUUGCCCUCCGAAUUUGGACUAUUUCCACAUGUUAUGUUGAAAAAUGUUGUGGUUCAGCUUCAGUUUAGCAUUGAAGAUGGAUUAAUUCCUGAGGUAGGAUACAAGCCUUGGAGUUCAGCACUGGAGGAUGGAAAUGCUGCAGUUGGCCCUUCUUUUUCAAGCCCAAGCGAGUGUGAAGUUGUGAUGAUGGUAGGAUUACCUGCCUCUGGGAAGACUACCUGGGCAGAGAAUUGGGUGAAACAUCAUCCUGAGAAACAUUAUGUCGUUCUUGGAACAAACCUUGUUUUGGAUCAGAUGAAGGUACCUGGACUUCUAAGGAAACAGAACUAUGGGAAGCGCUUUGACUGCCUCAUGGACCGGGCAACAGGAAUAUUUAAUGAAUUACUAUCUAGGGCCUCCAAGACACCUCAUAAUUACAUUAUUGAUCAAACAAAUGUUUACCAGAGUGCUCGCAUUCGCAAAUUAAAGGCAUUUGUAAAGUAUCGUAAGAUAGCAGUAGUUACAUUCCCCGCACCCAGUGAGCUAAAGCUUCGUACAGAUAAAAGGUUUAGAGAAAUGAGAAAAGAGGUGCCUGCGGACGCUGUAAAUGAGAUGUUAGCAAACUUUGUGUUACCUAUGAGCAAGGACACUCCUGGUUCUUCUGAAUUGUUUGAUGAGGUUAUCUUCCCAGAGUUAAGCAGAGAAGAAACUCAAAAAUGCUUAACUGAAAUGAAGCAAGCACUUGGGACACCUGUUCUGAGUGCAAGACAAGACCUCUUACCAUAUGCUCAGGAAUGCUCUGUCCAAUCAUUUACUAGGCCUUCUGUCAUCAAGGAAGCUGGUUUAGCUCCUAGGGGACAUAUGCGGGCCAUCAGAUCACCUACCAUUCUUGCUAAUGAUGAUAGUAGAGUUCCUCCACAUGAUAAGAUGGCAUUUUUUAUACCCGCUUCUCAUGCAGUUCACCACCACCCAAGGUUUGAUGAUCCUAGUCUUUCUUGCCCAAAUUAUGGCCCAUAUGAAGUCUGCUAUAAGCAUGGAGAAUCUUCUCAUGGUGUUGUGGCCUAUAGCAACCAUGAUAGUUUUGAUCCCUACGGAAGGAAUGCCCCUGAAAGGAACUCCAUUGGUAUGAAAGAAACAGGUCCUUUCAGGUCUUUGGGAGUUACAGAUGGCUUCAGUAAAUCUUACUUUGGCAGUUCAACAAGCAGACAAAACUAUGAAUAUUCUAAUGCACCUGACCCAUAUGGUGGCCAACAUGUACAUGCCCGAGCUUCUGGAUUUCCCCAAAUCAACCACCAAGCCUUGGCUCGGCCUUCAUUUAUUCCGCAUAGCCCCCUGCAAAGCAAUUAUGAUGGAUUAAGAAGACCAAAUUUUGAUGGUCCAGUGAAUGGGUUCAACUACGCACAUAUUCAAGAUGCUCGAAUUCCCCAACUCAAUCACCAAGAUGUGUGGCAAUCGUCAUAUCAAGAAAAUAUAUCUCUUCAAAGACCUUACAAUGCUGUUGCAUCGCACGCGCUUCCUCCCAUUCAACCCCCAUCUGGAACUCCACUGUUGAAUACCCCUUUUCAUAAUUCAUGGCGUCCUCACCCCAGGUUUUGCUAACAAUGACACUAUCAAAAGAAGGUGCUGUAACAUCAGUGAAGAGGGAAAGAAGGCUGUUACCUUCGGAUCUCUUUUAUCUGCAAUCCUGGCUAACUUGUACCAAGUUGCUUGCGUUUUGAGGAUUGUGGAGGCUGUUUGGGACCUCGUUUACAGAAGGACUACAAGUUAGCUGGCUGUUUGGGAAGUGUGUAUUUUGGUUAGGAACUGUUAUCUUUCUCAGUAAUAUAAGAUCAUGUGCAUUUUGUUUGGCUCUAA